UUCAUUCAGCCUUAAUACUGCUUUACUCUCGUCCUUCCAGGUCCUGACUUUGCGCCUUGCCACUGCCUCUCAAUUCCAGAGUUUAAUUGCUCUUUACCUUUGCCUUUUAAUCUCUCUUUCCACUGCUAUAUCCUCCACUCCUUUAUCAAAAAAAACCCUAAAAAAUCCAGCUUCCCAUAUUUUCAGUAUCUCAAAACUAAUUCUCAGAUCUAUAUUAUCUCACUUUAAGAAUUUGCUCUUCAGCCUUCGCGUUUAAUUUCUCCUUCCACUUCCAUAUUCCCCACUCCUUAACCGAAAAAAUCCAAAAAGAAACAAACUUUCCCCCCGUUCAUUAUCACAAACUAAUCCUCACUGCCAUGUUAUUCGCCAAUUCCUUCCGCCCCAAAAAAAACCCCACUUUUAAUUUCCACUUUCCAUUAGCUCAAACUAAUCGUCACUGCAGUCUGUCCAUUUGAUUUUCCAAGUUGUUCCAUUCUUUAGUCCAAUUGUCAAACAUCUAAUUAUGAGUCUCUUCAAGAUUCAACGCAACCGCAAAGUUGACUAUGUUGAGAAUCUGAAGAAACAAGUUGCUGAGCUGAAGGAUGAAAAGAAAUUAGUAAAGCGCCAUAUUGAUGCAGCUGCCAGCAGAGGGGGAAGGAUCAAGUCAGAGUUCGAGAACUGGCUGGAUGGUGCAGACAAGUUAAUUUACUCGGCAGACAGAUUAGUAAGGGAUUCUGAGAAGAAUUUAUAUGAUCCCAAUCCUCUUGAAAACCUCAGGAAGGAUAUUGCUGAACUUGUACAAAAAGCUCGUGGAUCCUUCCCAGUUUUCAGGAAAUUUAAUUCGAGAGAGUAUGUUUUGAAACAAAUCAUGGAUGCACUGCAAAAUCCAAGAAUAAAAACCGUACGAGUACAUGGGGGGCCUGGUGUGGGGAAGACAAUGCUGGUGGAGGAGGUUAAAAGACGAGCCGAGCAAGAGAAGUUGUUUGAUGAAGUAGUUAUGGCUAAAGAGACAAGGAAUCCAGACUUGAGACGAAUUCAAUAUGAAAUUGCACGUAAUCUGGGUAUUGAGCUUACUGAUAAAAUCGCAUUGCAGGACCCUGCUGUUCAGAUAAAGUCAAGGCUGGCAAACAAGAACGUUCUUGUCAUUUUAGAUGAUAUUUGGGAAGGAAUAGAUUUGGAGAAAGUUGGGAUUCCGUUUGGAAACAAUCAGAAGCAGACUACAGAGAAAAAGAAUGAGGGAAACUCAUUAGUAGAAGAACAAACUGAAUGCAUGGUUUUGGAGACAGCUAGAUCUGCUGAUAAUUCAUCACCUGCAAAGCAUACUCAGAAUAUUGAAGUUUCCCCAUUAGAAGACGAAGAAGCAUGGGAACUGUUUGUGAAGAUAGCUGGUGACCAGGCCGAAGAUAAUGUUUUACAGCCUAUUGCAGAGAGGAUUGUCAAGAACUGUAAGGGAUUGCCCAUUGAUAUUGCCACCUUUGCAAAUUCCUUGAAAGAUAAGAUCCCACUAAAGUGGAGGACCACUCUACUAAAGCUUCUUCGAAGUCAAAACAGCUCUGAUUCUGAGGUGAAAAACUGGAAUGAGAUGUCACCAAGCCUUAAAUCAGCGAUCGAGUUAAGAUAUGGUGAUUUGGAAAGCAAUGAACUCAAACAAACUCUAUUGCUUUGUAGUCUAAUGUCUCAUAAUGCAUCCAUUCAUGGCUUGUUGAAAUAUGCUAUAGGCUUGGGGUUAUUCCCUGGAGCAAACUCUAUUGAGGCUGCACAGGAUGAAGCAGUGAGUUCAGUGAAAAAACUCAAAGACUCUUCGUUGUUGCUGGAUGGUGGUGACAAUAUGCACUUUGAUAUUCGUGAUCCAAUUCGAGAAGUUGUCAUAUCAAUCUCUUGUAAGGACAAUGAUGUGUUAGCUUUGAGAAAUGGUGCACCUGACCACAAGUUAGAAAUCAAGGCAGCAGAAAAAUUGAAAUGGAUUUACCUUUCAAAUAUUGGUAAUGCAAGGCUUCCUGAUAAGUUGAAAUGUCCGCAGCUCACUUUCUUUCAUUUAUCUAACAAUGAUCGUUCUCUAGAAAUUCCAGAAAACUUGUUUAAGGGAACAGAAGGACUCAGAGUCUUGAGUUUGACUAAAAUGCAUUUUUUGUCAAUUCCUUCGUCAAUUUUACACCUAAUAAACCUUCAUACCCUGUGUCUGGAUCAAAGUGUUUUUGAAGGUUUGGACAUAGGCUGUCUUAUUGGGGAGCUGAAGAAUUUGCACGUCCUCAGCCUUGCGGGAAGUGAUAUCAAAGAGCUACCAUGGGAAACAAAGAAGCUGAUCAAGUUAAAGUUGUUGGAUUUGGGUAACUGUACCAAACUCAAAGUAAUCUCUCCGGGUAUCUUGUCAAGUUUGUCCCAAUUGGAAGAACUAUAUUUGGGAAACAGCUUCGACCAAUGGAAUGGCACCAACAUGAACCUAUUUCGGAGAAAUGCUAGUCUCGAUGAGUUGAAAGGGUUGACAAACCUGAGGGCUAUAGAGGUUCACAUUCAUGAGAUCAAGAUGAUUCCAGAUGGCUUGUUCUCUGUAGAGUUGAAACAAUACAAGAUUUUCAUAGGAGAUGUGUGGAAAUGUUGGGGCAAUUUUUUUGAAAACUCAUCAAAAAUAUUGAAGCUCAAGCUGGAUUCAAGCACUCACUUCAAUUUUUCAGUUCGAGAGUUGUUAAAGAAGACAGAGGAACUACAUCUAGAGACGAGGUUGAAGGGUGUCAAGAGUCUAGUUAAUGACUUAGAUGACAACGGUUUACAAGAACUAAAGUAUCUCCUUGUGAAGGAGGCCCCAGAGGUUCAAUAUAUAUUUAACUCAGUGAAGCGGACUCGUAGCAACGUUUUUCCAAACUUGGAAGUGUUAUUUCUUCAGAAAUUGGACAAGUUGGAGAGGAUAUUUCAUGGUUGUUUUGAAGAAAUGUCUCUUCAGAAGUUAAGAAUCAUUACUGUAGAAGAUUGCAAUCAGCUGAAAAACUUGUUCUCCUUCUCUGUUUUCAAGCAACUUUUCCAUCUGGAAAUUAGAGUAAAAGAUUGCAAAAAAAUCGUUGAGAUUGUUGAUGAUGAAGAUGAUGGGGAGCAAGCAGGCGCUAAUGAUAUUGUUGAUGUAGCAACUGAUGGGUCUGAGCUUGCUGCCCAACUUCAGUGCUUGAGGUUACAAAAUCUGCCAGAGUUUGUUAGCUUCAGCCAUGCAAAGGAUACGAGCUCCAAGACGCUUUUCAAAGAAAAACUGCAGACUGGGCGUUCACCAACAUCUGACAGCAUAUGGAACCUGACAAAACUUAUAAUUGAGAACUGUGUUAAAUUGGAUAGUCUAUUCUCGUCGUCUAUCGUUGAAUGCUUAGAGAAGCUUGAAUUCCUUGAAAUAAAGGACUGCAAGAUGAUGACAAAAAUUAUUGUCACAGAAAAUGCAGAAGAAAAGGCUAUCAACUUCCCCAAAUUGGAGCAACUGACUAUAGAUAACUGCCCUGAGCUGAAGGGAGUGUUGGACUCUAAGAGCACAGAUAAAACUACUUUCUUUGAUGAUAAGGUUAACUUUCCAAAUUUGGAAAGACUAAAAAUCUCCAAAUUGAAAAACUUGAAGAUUAUAUGGCACAAAGAAAAAGAACUUCUCAAAUUAAACUUCCUGGACAUAGACGACCUUGAAAACCUCAUUGGAUUCUGCUCCGAAAAUUCUUGUAGUAAAUUCCCAUCACUGAAGCAUUUGGCUAUGAAGAACUGCCCAGCGCUGAAAGGGUUCGUGGAGUCUACAAACACAGAUAUCACUGCUCUCUUCGAUGAGAGGGUUAUAUUUCCUAACUUGGAAAGGUUGAAAAUUUCCCAACUGAAAAACUUCAAGAUCAUAUGUCACAACCUCCCUGAGGAUUCUUUUGGCAAAUCAUUCCACUUCUUGCACAUAGAAAACCUUCAAAACCUUACUGGAUUAUGCUUGGGAAAUUCUUAUGGUAAGUUCACAUCCUUGAAGCAGUUGGCUAUAGAGAAAUGUCCAAAGCUGAAGGGAUUCGUUUUAGAAGGAGAAUCUGGGAGUACAGAUAAGAAGGUUGAAUUUCCAAUUCUGGAAAGGAUGACAAUCGACUCUGAAAACAUGAAGAUCAUAUGGAAUGGACUCUCUGAAAAUUCCUUUUCCAACUUAAAAUCAUUAAAAGUUUCAUCUUGUGAGAAUCCAUCAAAAAUUUUUCCAUCUAAUGAUAACAUCCAGAGAGUCUUGAAAACACUGGAGAAGUUGGAAAUACAUAAAUGCAGUUCAGUAAAGGUGUUUAAACCUGGACGGUCAGGAAAUAAGUUUAAACUCCAACAGCUAAAAUUUAUUAACUGUCAAAACAUGGUUGCAUUUGCUUCUACCAUUUCAAGGGACCAAGAGCAAAAGCCAUUUGAGCCCUUUUUCAGCGAGGUUGAGUUUUCCAACUUGGGGGAGUUGGUUGUGGAUUGCUGUGGCAGAUUCGAAUAUCUAAUGACAUUCUCCAUGGUUCAAAGUCUUUCAAAACUCAGAAAGCUCGUAAUACGCGGUUGUGAGGAGAUGAAAGAGGUAAUAAGUACAGAGGACUUUGCAGAAGAGAACGGGAUCUCCUGGCCAUUGUUUCCCAAUCUCAACAGUGUGGAGCUUGAAAACCUUCCAAAACUCACAGGAUUUUGCUCUAAAUUACAUGCUCAACCAGCCACUACAUUACUUCCCAAACUAAUAAACCUGAGGUUUUCUAACCUAUCCAGUUUAGAGAGUUUCUUACCUAAUACUACAGAAUGGUCAGAAUUGACAAGUUUGCAUGUGAGUAAAUGUCACCAAGUGCAGGUAUUUGUUUGGGAAAGCGAGGACAACCAGCCUGAAAGCCAGAAUCAGCGUCCCCUAUUUUGGGUCAAUAAGGAGCAAUCUUUUUCGAAAUUAAGGACUCUGGAAGUAUCAAAAUGUAAUGGAAUCAAAACUUUAUUGACAUACACAAUGGCUAAGAGAUUGGAGCAGCUGUCAACAAUGAGCAUUACUGAUUGUUCACAGUUAAAGGAAAUUGUAGCAUGUGACAGUGGACUGAAAGAUGAAACGGAUUUCCCCAAACUCAUCAUCAUACCUUUGCGACGUUAUCUUGAACAACGACUAGAGUCUCUAAAAGACCCUAGGGGAGCCCAAGAUGGAUGUAUCUCACUCAUCAUGUCCUUCCUAGUCAAACUUCUAUCCGCAUUAGAAAACCUUUUCUCUGAGGUGAAAGAUGAAAUUGUUUUCGCGGAACUCAGAUCUUUGAGUCUUGGUUCUCUACAAAGUUUUAAAAGCUUUUGCUCUCGAAAGUGCAACUUUGGCUUCCCAUCUCUGAAAGAAGUGAUUGUGAGAGAGUGUCCAAAGAUGAAAAUCUUUUCUAAUGGAGAAGUGAAAACAGAAAAACUAGGGAAAGUGAGCACAGGAAAACUAGGGAAAGUGGAGACAGAAGAACUAGGGAAAGUGAAGACAGAAGCAGAUGGAGAGGAUGAUUUUUAUUUAAUCCUCGACCUCAACUACACAAUAAUAUUUUUGCCCGCCAUUGUGCGGUUCCCGCGCAUAUUUAAGUUUAUUGAUUUCCUCAGAGAGAAUAUACCACGAUCCGUACUGCUUCAAGUAAUGCCUCUUGUAUUGACACUAGUAAAUAUUUUGUUUCUUCUUUGGUUUCUGCUCAGAACCGACUGUCUGACGAAAAAGUAGGCUAUAUUUAUCCCAAAUACGGAGAGAAAAUGAAGAAUCAAGGUUGAAACUUCAAGAUCAGAUUCCAAUCCCUGUGAGGCAUGCAUUUGGGGACUUAAUAUGUUGAGACCAGUAUGAAGCCUCAGGACUGAAUGGUGGGGUUGAGAUCACUUCAGACUAGCUAUAACUUAUAGCCUAUAAGCUUCAGGAUGGAAUUGAGAUAGCAGUAGCUGAAAUAGUUUAGUUAGAUUUGUUGAAAGGAAAGGAUAGAAGUUUAUAAACUUCCUUUUUCCUUUAAUGCUUCUACUAUUUUUGUGCUUGAUUUUUUUUUAUACAUAUUUAAGUCACUUGAUAAGAUAUGUUAUAAACUCAUUUUUAUUCC